CGGGCUAUACGCCCGAGUUUUAGAACACUGAUGUUUCCUAAUUACAAUAACCUCGCAGACGCUGAGACAGGCAUUUCUGGGACCUGGAUGCUUGCCCACUCCUAGGGAAUCGCACUCCUGCUAUGAUCUCUGGUAGUUUCAAAGAAUCUCUCGCGUAUAUGGGUUACACUUGUAACAAGAUGUCAAUUGUUGCUUAUUCAUCUACGAAGCUGGAGCUGGAGAACGCAAAAGAAUUUGAAUCCGCCAAUAUCAAGCUUCUGCAAAACGCUGAUAAACGUGCAAAACAUUCUAAGAUCCUUGAGGACGUUUAUAUGUGGGGAAUUAAGCAUCGUGGUGAACUAACAAAUUUGAUGGUAAUCUCACAAAUGUCCCAACACUAUGUUAAGUACGCUACCUUUAAAGAGCUCGGAAUCAAUGUUCUCUUGGCGUUUCCCGAUGACACAAUUGGAUGUCCAUGGCCACUUGGUAUUCCAAGUUCAGUUUUUCUCUGGUCUAGCUUUUCAAAUGGAGGGAACCCUCUCGAUAUCAGCCAAAUCGGAAUCGAACAANUCAAUAAUGAUUCAUGGUUUAAAUAA